GGAGAGUGAUUCGGGCGGGCGUAACUCCGAACUUUUGUUUGGUGUGUUGUGCGAGUUAGUUUCCGCCGCCGGGACAGAGGCGCCGGCCGGGCUGGGCCGCACUCGGGAAAGAGCCGCACGCUCAGAGUUGUUUUGCCAGUUGCUGCGGCCGGGUCGGUUUCCCUGCCGAGGGGCGAGAAGCACCGACCACAGCAAGGACGAGACGCGGCCCAGGGAGCGGGGCAUGCGGGGCCGGGAAUCCGGGCUCUGAGCAGCCGAGCCCUGCCAGGAAAGUGCUGGGGGGUCCCGACGGAGCCAUGGAUCCCGGGCAGCCUCAACAGCAGCAGCCACCGCAGGCAUCGCAGCCCCCGGCCUCGCAGCAGGCACCGCCGCAGCCACCGGGCGCGGUGUCGGGGGCUCCGUCCGGCGCGGCGCAGCCCCCAGGCGCGGGGCCCCCCCCGGCGGGGCACCAGAUAGUCCAUGUGCGGGGCGACUCGGAGACCGACUUAGAGGCUCUGUUCAACGCCGUGAUGAACCCCAAGGGCGCCAACGUGCCGCACACGCUGCCCAUGCGGCUUCGGAAGCUGCCCGACUCCUUCUUCAAGCCGCCCGAGCCCAAGGCCCACUCCCGCCAGGCCAGCACUGAUGCAGGGACAGCAGGAGCCCUGACCCCGCAGCAUGUCCGAGCUCAUUCCUCUCCAGCAUCGCUGCAGCUGGGAGCUGUUUCUCCAGGGACACUUACACCCUCUGGAGUAGUGACUGGACCUGGAGCUCCAGCUUCUCAACAUCUCCGCCAGUCUUCAUUUGAGAUCCCUGAUGAUGUGCCUUUGCCACCAGGUUGGGAGAUGGCUAAGACGCCAUCUGGACAGAGAUACUUUCUUAAUCACAUUGAUCAAACAACAACAUGGCAAGAUCCUAGGAAGGCCAUGCUUUCCCAGAUGAAUGUUACAGCUCCCACCAGUCCUUCUGUGCAGCAGAACAUCAUGAACUCAGCAUCAGGCCCACUCCCCGAUGGAUGGGAACAAGCUAUGACCCAGGAUGGAGAAAUUUACUACAUAAACCAUAAGAACAAGACCACAUCUUGGCUAGACCCAAGGCUUGACCCACGCUUUGCCAUGAAUCAGCGAAUCAGCCAAAGUGCUCCAGUGAAACAGCCACCUCCUCUGGCCCCUCAGAGUCCCCAGGGUGGUGUGAUGGGUGGGAGUAGCUCCAACCAGCAACAACAGAUGAGACUUCAGCAGCUACAGAUGGAGAAGGAAAGGCUGAGACUGAAGCAUCAAGAACUGCUUCGGCAGGUGAGGCCACAGGAAUUGGCUCUCCGUAGCCAGCUUCCAACAAUGGAACAAGACGGUGGAUCUCAAAAUCCUGUGUCAUCUCCUGGAAUGUCUCAGGAACUGAGAACAAUGACUACAAAUAGUUCUGAUCCCUUUCUUAACAGUGGAACAUAUCACUCCAGAGAUGAAAGCACAGACAGUGGACUUAGCAUGAGCAGUUACAGUGUACCCAGAACCCCUGAUGACUUCCUGAACAGUGUGGAUGAGAUGGAUACAGGUGACAGUAUCAGCCAAAGUAACAUACCGUCCCAUCAGAACCGUUUCCCAGACUACCUUGAAGCCAUUCCAGGGACAAAUGUGGACCUUGGGACACUGGAAGGAGAUGGGAUGAAUAUAGAAGGAGAAGAACUGAUGCCAAGUCUGCAAGAGGCUUUAAGCUCUGACAUCCUUAAUGACAUGGAAUCUGUCUUGGCAGCCACCAAGCUAGAUAAAGAGAGUUUUCUUACUUGGUUAUAGGGGCCUCAGGGAGACUGAAUUCUGAAUCUGUGAAGGAUCUAAGGAGAUUAGGACAUCUGUACCUGAAGCUCAGAACAAGCAAGUGUGGCACACUUGGGCUUGUGUUCAGAAAAAGUAAAUGAACAAAUACGCAACAAGAUUCUUUUGUUUUGCUCUUCCUUGUCCAUCGCUGCUGUUAUAUAUUGCUGAAUUUUUUCCACAGUUGACUCUGAAGAACAGACAUCUUCUUGAUCUUUUUCUAUUGCUGUUGCAACUACUGUUCAAGGGGGGUGGGGAGGGACGAUGAGCCUAUUUGGAUGACGAGUGCCAUUCCUUUUGUCCUAGUGUGCACUUGCAUAUCAUUUUAUCUAAGUACUCAGAUUGAGAGUUAAUUUCUGCAUGUCACUGCUUGUAGUUUGCUCAGCUAGUUGUCUCCUGCUGCCUGUGGCAAGUGGUAAAACGUGACAUACUGGGGUGACAAGCCAAAAAUGAUGUAUCUGGUCAAAAGAAGUCAAUACUGAUUUGGAGAAAUGACUUAAAGGAGGGCUGAAGACUGUUUGGCAUUAAGUGUUUCUACUAGUAGCUCUUUCAUUAGUCACAAAGUGCUCUUGUUCAUAUUUUAUGUUAUAGUAAAUCAUGAGUCAUUUUACAUAGAAACGUAUAUGAACUUUGUUGCCACGUAUUCUAGCCUAACUUUUGUUUGUCAGAAAUAGUUUGAUUAUUUUUGUUAGUUGGUUUAACUGUAGCUGUAGGAUGGGAAGUAAUUCUAGGUGUUCUUUUUUUUUAUCAGUGAAAUCUAAGUUUUUUUCUGAUUUCACAUAGUCUUAUUUAAAUCUGAAUUGUCUGCUUUUUUUUAUACUUAAAACAUGCCUAUUGUAGCCUGGUAAGCUAGUGAGUACAUAAACCAGUAUGUUUUGCCUGUAACUUUUUUAUUGUUUUAAAGGCUAGCUUUGAAUGUAAUCAGUAGAAUUCAUGACCAGUGGCUUAUUUUUCAUGUUUAUUUGCAAGAUUUUUAAUUAGAGUCUGAUCGCAGCAAUAUGAAAGUUAGAAUCCUGUCAUAUGUACAAUUCUUGUACAUACUGUAAAGUAACAGAAACCAUUUUAAAAUGACAGAUGCCAUCUAAUCUCUCUUCUGGUUUUCAGUUCUGAUAUCUGAGUUUAGAUUUUCAAACCCUUACUGGGGAAAAAAAACCUAUGAAAAGUUUCUCAUAAAUCAGCACAGAAGAAGUAUGAACUAUUAAUACCAUUCUUACGUUGCAAUGAAAAGGCUAGAACACCAAAAAACAAAUCCUCAAAUCGUAAAUGUAAUAGAUAUCAAAUUCUGUUUGGUGAAAAAUAAGCCCUGGACACUAUAUGUAGAAGAAUGUAAAGAUAUGUGUUAGAUGGUGACGUGAGCAGGUAAUGAAGUGUAUAUUAGUGGUAGAGCUUAGUAUGGGGUAGAGGUGAAAUAUGAAUUAUCUUUAUUUUAACAGGAAAAGAUGUAUCACUAAGUUGUUGGCAGGAGUUGACACAGUUUCCAAAGAGUAUUUUUAAAUGAACAAAAUGAGCAUGAAUCAAACUUUCAGUAUAAGCUAUGAAGUAUUGUGGGGUUUUAGGGUAUUUUUCUGAUGAAAAACAAUGUCACCAGUUAACACCCCUAUAACUAAGGGCCUGUCACCAUCCUCAAUAUGAGCCUUUAUUUUCAAGGGUGUUUAACAUGACUAUAAAUAUACUGUAAUCAUGAAACUUGGUUUUGAAAAAAAUCUCAGCUAGCAGGGACUUCUCCUGGGGAGAGAUUUUGGGGGGUUCAUUGUUUUGCAUUUUUUUAAGGACAUUGAUUAUUUUUUGAGGAAUGAGUCGGCAAAACAAACCCCAUAUUGUUAUUAUCAUUUGGAUUUUUAAUGCUUCAGGAAUAGAUCUGAUUUAGGAUAUUGUAAAGAAUGAAAACUCUGAAUCAAGUCUCAUUUUAAAAACCGAAGCAGCAGAGGCAGAGAGAUUUUAAAUAUGCUGUUAUAAAUAUACGUUUACUACUUUAUGUAAGGAUUUUAGUGUUUGAAAUACACAAAAUUAUUUGUGGCUUGUUAUGGGUUACAAGCAGGUUUUAAAAUACCAAUUUUUCAAACAUAUCCACAAAAAUAUAUUCUGCUACACCAGUAAUUCAGUGAUUAAUAGGCCACUCAUGUUGUGCAAUGACACAGUAGCUCCUGAAGCAGUAUAGUGUGUCCAAGGUAGGGGUUUUAAUGGUAUUUUUACAGUUUCAUUAUGAAUUCUUCUCUCUUGUUCCCUUCAGGAAAGAAAAGACACUAAGUUUUUGUAACUUGAAUGGUCUGACAUAAAACCACAACAGCAAGGAAAUUCAGAGUUGAUUCAAUUUCAGUUGUCUUCCACAGUUGUGUCCAGGUACAAUAGCACAUACGAUGCACUGAGUGCAGACUCCUGACAUGCUGUACCUUGCUACGACAGCAGGGAGUACAGAACAAAUUUUCUUUCCUUGCUUUUGUGUGUUUGUCACAGCUUUAAUAUUUGAAUGUUUUCUUCUCAUUGUAGAAACACUAAACAGCUUAUACUGUAUUUGGGUAGCACUGCUUAGGGUAGAUACUGACAAACUGGGAAUCCUUGAACUGCUCUAACAUGAAUUAUGUUUUGUGAUACUUAUUGUAAGUGAUUUUAAUACAUUUCCGUUCUCUCAUUUAUUAGGAAACAUACCAUAGAGAUGCUGUACUGUUGGCAAUCAACACUAAUUUGGAUUUUUUUUUUUUUAAUUCUGCAAAUGCAUUGUUUGAUGAAGUGGUUAAAAUCGUUUGAAAUGCAAGUGUUUGGGGUAGUAUUUUAUACUGAUGUAUAUAUUGAAACAGAAAUCAUUGUAAUAAUUGUAAUAGCUGUUAGUUAUAAAUACACUAUAUGCAGACAGAUGGGGCUGUACAAUACUGUGCUGUUCAACACCUGGGCAGGGCUACUGCUUGGCAACAGGUUGCAAUGACAGUAAACUACACGGAUCAAAUAUUGUACCAUUCAGUGUUGGCGCUCACCAAUGCAAAUGGAGAAGAGAUGGUUUCAACAUGAUUAACACUACAUAGCUUUCACACAGGUGGUAAAUUAGUACUAAAGUGACCUUUUCACUUACAAGCAUGUUUUUUAUACAGAUUAACAGGUGUGCCUGUGUAAAAUAAUGUGUGUUCUGUAUCUUGGAAAAAAUACUCUCCACAUUUAGAAUGUUAUAUGUUAGAGAACUCUUAAAUGCACCCUUGUCAAAAAUUAUAUAUAUUAGUUACCAAUGUUACUUUUAGAUAUGAGCAUGACUGUAAGUUAGGUACUUAGUAUGUUCUGUUACAUUAUUUUUCUUUAUGUAAUACUUUUUCAGUUGUUUUAUUUGGUAUAAAUAUAUACUUUGUGCUUAAACGUCUUUGUUUGUUUUUAACAUUCAGUAGUAUGUAAAGAUACUGAUCUCCUUCAGUGAGAUGGAUGCACUGAAUUGUUGGAAUUCCUAUUAUAGUACGUCUGUUUUCAUCCCCCUUGUCACUGCUUUUUAGUCACACUCCAGACCUGCAAACACUGUGCCCAGGCUCACCUAAGAGACAGGAGAGCCACUGAAGUCAGCAAAGGCUUAACACUAAAGUAUACAUCUCUGUGUUUGCAGUAAUGAAGAGACAGUGACUCUGCUGAGCCUCAUACAGCUUGUGUGAAACAAUCCUUGCAUAUGGCACUAGAGUGAGAGCUGGGAACAGAACACCCGUUACCUACUGUAAGAAAGCAUCCGCUUUUUGCAGAUAAUGCUUGCAAUGUUCAGGAUCUUCCCACAUAGCAGAUACAUUUUUGGCUAAUUUUUAAGUUUAUACGAUAAUUUGUGGCAGACUAUCAAUAAAGACACUAUUUUCAUUUCCAA